GGGGAGGUGCGCGUGAGGCUUUUGCAGCUGUUGCGUGAUCCAAAUCCGCAUUAAAAAGCGCGUUUUGCAAAUUUGCAACAUUCCACUUUCUUCACCUGCGCAAAAGGAGCGAGCGGUCGGUCGCUUUGUUCAAGCGCCAGCUCCUGGGUUUAACAAAGAUCUUCUAUUUCUGAGUAAAAAUGCUUAGGAAUAGAUUUAGGCUUCCCAAACGAUUGCGGGAGGCCGGAGAGAAUACCCUGAUUUGCUCCUGUGUCUUAAAUAUCAGCUUGAUCCGCGGGAAGCAUCAGGUGAAGUUCUUCAGGGCACGGAGGCUCAGCAGCAGCCCACAAAGGAACAAGAGACGCCGCCCGGCAAGAUGGAGGUGUGCCGGCCAGACCUAGCCUCUGAGGGAGAGGGGGCCAAGGCCAACAAGCCGCCGGCGAAGGAGCCCCCUCACACGCCUCAGACUUCGCGCAAGAAGAAAGCAAGCAAGAAGAAGAAAAAGAAGGCAGUUCAGGAGAAUGCAGGAAAACAUGCCAGCAAAAGCAAGAAGCACUCCAUCUUUGUGACAUCACCCCUCGAACUCCUUCAUCGCCAAAGCGGUGGCGGAGUGCCCCAAGGUGACACCUCAAAGGCAACCCCAGGUGAAGCAGCAAGAGGCCCUCUCUCCAAUUCUACUUCCACCAUUUCGUUCUUGGCCGAAGGAGACUCUGAGCUGCCCAACGAGAGCCUUCGCUGGGAUGGGAUCCUGGAUGAUCCCACGGCGGAAAAGGAACGGCUGUGGAUCUAUAGGCUGAACAGAAGGAGACGCUACAGGGCACAUAUCCAGCAAAACCUACCGGCAGAGCCAUCCUUCGCUCUUAAGCAUUUGCCACAACUUGGUGCACCUGCGCAUGUGAACGGAGAGCACUUGCUAUGCAAGAGCAAGUCCUCCACUACCACUUCUGUGGCCAACAAAGACCAAAGCAGGCUGAAUUCCAAGAUCCUCACUAAAGCCUCAAAGAGGCAGUCAGCAUUGAUGCCAAGUAUUUCUCAGGAAAUUGUAUAAAAAAAAUCUUCCUAACAGUUGUUUUGCUUCCUUUUUUGAAAAAAAGCAAAGGGACUUGAUGUGGUAACCAGUAUCCUUGAAGCUCAUGGGAUUAUUAAUACUUUCAUCAGGUUACCCAAUGGCUAUUUGCAUAUUAUGAUUUUCAGUAUGAAAAGUUCUGUAUGAGUAACUAGAAAAUUGUCUGACUGCAUCUGCCUAACCUUCCAUGGAAAUUAAAUGUGGGGGUCAGGGGAAGAGAGAAAUCCACAUGCAGGGAUAACUCCAAAGUCCUGAGUAUUUCAGACACACCAGACGUCAAGUUGGUUGCAUACUGAACACAGUGUACAUUAAUUAACACAGAUGUAGCUUUAUUCCAGCACAGCAACACUAAAAUACUACCAAGUACUAAGGGCACUUAUUACACCUUGUAUACAGCAAGGAACUUUUUUGUCUGUGCUGUUUGCUUUGCCACCUUUCUCAGAAUUAAACCAUCGCUUCUCUGCUUUGCACCAGCAUCUUCCCAUGCAGUUGACUAAGAGAGCAUGAAGGAUGCCACCUUUUCAGGUCUGUGGGGAGGUAGAGCAACGGGACAAUAAAAAUAUCUACCCUGAA